AUGUCUAGUGUUUAUUUUUGGUUAUCUGACAGAUUACUCAGUGAUCCUGCUCUUCUUGGUCGUCAUCGCGGAUUCGGAUACAUAGAAUACGAAACGGAGCAGAGCUCGAAUGAUGCCGUUUCUAGCAUGAAUGGCUUUGAUUUAGGUGGUCAAUGUCUUAGGGUCUGCAAGGCCAUCUCUCCUCCCGAGGGAUAUAAUGUCAUUCAAACGAAUCCAUCUAACCUCCCUCCUGCCACUGCAGUAGCAGCUGCCUCUGCUACCGCAAAGAUUCCCGCCAAUGUCCAGGGUCCCUCCGACCAGCAGUCUUUAAUCAAUCAAUUGCUCCUCCUUCAGAAUGAAAAAAUACAAUCAGCCCUUGCUUCAGCUGCUGCCCCUGAAACUGGAAAUGCGUCGAUCGAUCCGACACUGACCCCAGAAGCCAGGCCUAAUGCCUCUUUGACUGCCUUUGAUAGCCGUACUUAUGCAGCAAUGUUAUCAUUCUCGGGCUCUUCACCUAUCAACUGUCACUCCCAACCGGUCGGCCUUGAGGUCGAAAACUCUUGGUCUGGUGAGGCUAGAAAGCCAUCUGACAAUUUUUCGAUUCCUUUUCAUGAUGGUGAAAUCAGUGAAUUGCCAGAAGAAGGGCCGGAAAUGGACGAAUCUGAGGAUAGCGAUAAUGAUUUUCCCUGUAAAGACGUCGAUCAUCGCCUUCCAACGUUCCCUAUCAAUCAACCUGGCUUGCGUCUUGGUAAUUGGGAAUCGAUUGAGGCUAAUGAGUCAGAUGCCGUCGAAUUUUCUCAGAUCAGCCAGAUGCCGCUGCCUCCACCUGCCGUUAAAGCCAACUCGAAUAUCCCAACUCAACUCCCGACGCCCCUUAUACCCCCAUCCAUUUCAGAGGUUAUCUCAGACGAUUAA